AGCAUGUUCAAGCAAAAGGGCAGGAGGAGAAGUCUCUUCCCCAACUACAAGCUUGGGGGCACAACCCUUUAUGCCAGUGAUAGAGUGGAUGAUGUUGAAAUUUGCUUUGUCCAACAAAAUUGGCUGAAGCCAUGGAACUCAAUGCAGGAACUCAGUCGAGACAUCUAUAACCUUGAUGAAGACUAUGAUGAUGAUGACGAUGAUAGACUUGUAUUAACAUCUGUUCAUACAAAUACAGCUUCUCCAGCUAAAAACUACAUGCUGAACAUCAACGUGGGUGGUAAAGUUUACCAGAUUUCUUACAGGGUAGCAGCCAGAUAUCCUAAGACCAGAAUUGGCCGCCUUGCAACAUACACUGAUCACAACAGAAAGCUGGACCUCUGUGAUGAUUAUACUGUCCAGAACAAUGAAUUCUUUUUUGACCGAGACCCAGAUGUAUUUCACAACAUCUUCAGUUUCUACCGGACUGGGGUUCUCUGGAUAAAAGAUGAGUUGUGUCCUCGCAACUUCUUGGAGGAAAUCAACUACUGGGGUGUUCGGAUCAAAAAUACUCAUCGUUGUUGCCGCAUCUCAUUUGAGGAACGCCAAGACGAGCUGAACGAACAGCUGAAAGUCCAGCGGGAACUGCAGGCGGAGAUAGAGGUGGAGGAAAAUGAAGAGUUGUUUAGAGGAAUGGCUUUUGGACAUACGCGCCACAAGAUCUGGAACCUAAUGGAAAAGCCUUUCUCUUCUGUCACAGCCAAGCUCAUGGCUGUUGCUUCAAGCUUCUUUGUGUUGGUGUCACUGGUGGCCAUGACCCUCAAUACAGUAAAGGAGAUGCAGUACAAAAUGCCAAGUGGCCAGCUAAGUGGAAAAACCUAUGCAGAGUAUGUGGAGACUUUUUGCAUUGCAUUUUUUACAAUGGAAUACUUGCUCCGACUUGUGUCCACUCCAGACCUGAAGCGUUUUGGCAGGAGCAUGCUAAAUGCUGUCGAUUUGAUUGCAAUCCUCCCUUUGUACCUACAAAUGAUUCUGGAGUGCUUUGAAAAAGAGGAUCAUUUAAAACAUGGCAGUGACAUUGAGGCAGUGGGGCGAGUGGGGAAGGUUGGACAGGUGUUGCGUAUCAUGCGUCUCAUGAGGAUCUUCCGUAUUCUCAAGUUGGCACGACACUCCACUGGACUGCGAGCAUUUGGCUUCACGCUUCGCCAGUGCUAUCAGCAAGUGGGCUGCCUCUUCCUCUUCAUUGCAAUGGGAAUUUUUACCUUCUCUGCUAUGGUUUACACUGUGGAGCAUGAUGUCCAUCAAACGAACUUCACCAGCAUACCUCAUGCGUGGUGGUGGGCUGCGGUAAGCAUCUCCACUGUGGGCUAUGGUGACAUGUUCCCAGAGACUCACUUGGGAAGGAUUUUUGCAUUUGCUUGCAUUUCCUUUGGAAUAAUCCUGAAUGGCAUGCCAAUCUCUAUCUUAUACAACAAGUUCUCAGACUAUUACUCCAAGCUCAAAUCCCAUGAAUACACCUCUACUGUCAAGGCUCGUGGUAAGGUUAGGUUUGCCAAAAGAGCUGCCAAAAAGUUUGCAGAGUGCUGUGAUGGAGCCAAAACCUAGCCAUCUGGAGGCAUAACUUCUUUUAAUAUUGUAUAAAUACAAUAUUUUUCCCACUUAAUAACAACAACCAGUAGG